AUGCAGGCACGCCAUCCCUCCUGCGGCCUCCGAAUCCUGUCGGACGAUCCAUCCGAAUACUGUGUGUACGAUCCAUCCGAAUACUGUGUGUACGAGAGGAACUCCAUCAACUUCACCCAUUUGCCCAUAGCAAAGCGCAUCUUUCAGGCGCUGCCAACCUCUCCUCUCCACGGUUUGCACUACCAUGGUCCAUGGUUCACUCGAGGCUCAGGCAACCAGACCCGCUCUCUGUUCAUAGAAACUAGCUCUAUUCAUCCAAGUCACAUAGUUUUCCCUCUUGACGGAGCCAAAAGUACUCCAUCUCCCCUGCUUGGUCCCAUGAAUACAGUACGCUCGAUUCUUCCUCGUCCAAAUCAAGCCCACGUCCCUGAGUACCUUGCAAGAGUUGCAAGACCUCGUACGACGUCAAAAGGGCGCCCCCCUCCGCGUCCUGCACGUUGCAAUCAUUCCAUUCCAUGCCAUGUGAGCCCCAUGCUGCGAAGCACAGUGACCCAUUUGCCAUACCAUGGUAUAAUUCCCUAUAUGCCAUACGUUCUUGGAACCGUUCCCAAGACAUCUCUGCAACAUAGGACGGACAGCAAUCUGUAUGCCCAAGAAAGAUACCGUAUCCAGAUGACCGGCACCGACCUGCACGGUCUCAGAGGCCGUCGAGACGAGAUCUUGCAAUCGACGAUGGCACUUGUGGUUGCUCCGUUACCUUUGACCGAUGAUAUGGUCCAUAUACGUACAGAUGGCGCUCUACACAAGGUGCUUGUGCUUGAACCCUUGCAACAUCGUCCGACCAGAGGCCAACCAAUCUACCUACCCGCCGCCCCAUCAACCAUCGCAAUCGACCCAGAGCCACCACACCCUCUCUCACUUGUGUGCGGCACCGUUGGACGCGAUGAUGACAUCAAACUGCGUAUUGUUCCUAUGGAGAGGAAGGCCCCGCCCCUUCGCAAAAAGACAAGCCGUUCUGGCACGGUUAUGCACAUUACAGUCGCAAUCGUUCGCUUACCGUACCCUCCCUUCAGCAAGCCCCCCCCCCCACCACUCAGCCGGCAACCCAGGGCACCACCUCUCGAACGGCACAAACCCCUCAACUGCAACAUGCACCAUGCACCCAAGCCUCGCCUGCACCUACACUCCGAGAAAGACGGCGUGAAUGCUCUCAACGGCAUCACGAUACGAACCCAGCCGGCCCAGGUGGUCCUAUAA